GUCAGCUUACGCCACGUUAGCUUUACGCAGCUUGUGGAGUCCGCUCAGAGUUUCGAAGGGUGGCGCAGAAGAAAGACCAGCAGGGGAACAUUUUCUUACUCGGCACCGACGAAGAAUCCGAUGGGGAAGAAGCACGAAAGCGGAAGGAGUAAAUCUCGUGCCACAUCCAUGUCAGCUAGCAACAAACCUCGCCCGCCAACUGCCCAAGUGAAAAAUGUCCCGUUAUGCUCCUUUUGCGGGAAACACCAUAUGGGGGAGUGUAGAAGAGCCUCCGGAGCUUGUUUCAGGUGUGGCCAGAUGGGUCACGUGCUUAGAGAGUGUCCAUCACUUAUCACAGGUAAUGCUUCAUCGGUUCCAGCCCGCCCUAUGCAGCCUCCACAGAGGAGGGGGCAAAAUCAUAAUCAAGGAAAUACCACCAACAACUCUGAAACUGUGAACCGGCCACAACAGGGUCGCCCCCAGGCAAGGACCUAUGCGAUGCAAGCUAGGGAGGAGCAACCAGAAAAUGAUGUCAUCAUUGGUUGAGCACGGAACCCGCUAGGAGCACAGGGAUGGAAAGAGGCGUAGGA